GAACUUUUCACGCUUUCAGCGUGGCUAAAAUAAAUAGUUGGUGUGUAAUUUUUUAACAAUAACAUCUGCACCGCCGAGUGGUUGCACGACACACGAUACACAGUAAAAAAUCCAGAAUUUCGGUGCUUUUCACUGUUCAGUCGUUCGCCGGAGAGAAAGUGAAACCCGAGAGAGACGGCGAGCGUGCGUGCAUGUGCAUGUGUGCGUGAUUGUGACGACGGCACUGUUUUCCCCCCUCGGCUGCUUCCGCUGUAUAGUUUUAGUGGUUCUCCGCGCAGAAAGAAUUUCACUGAUUUGCGCCGCUAUUGACAAAUAAUUGAGACAUCCACAUCCAGACGUUGCGAAAAUGUUAAUAAAUCUAAAGGUGAAGACUUUAGAUGCUCGCACACAUGAAUUCAGCAUCGACAACGAGAUAAGCAUACGACAGCUUAAAGACCAAAUCGCCGAGAAGACCAACAUUGCAGCAGAAAAUCAACGCAUUAUUUACCAGGGGCGUGUGCUGGCCGAUGAGAAACAACUCAAGGAAUUUGAUGUCGAUGGAAAGGUUUUACAUGUCGCCGAGCGUCCACCAUUCUCGCAGCGUGGUGCUAAUUCUCGCAACAAUGAUGAGCCACGUCCGAUACGUAGCAUAGGACGUCCGCCGCCUGCCAAUAUGCGCAACUCUCCGUUUUUCCGGGCGCUUGAUGGCAUGUUGGUGGGCACCAUGGCCAUACCGGUCAACAAUGGUCCUGUGGGUGCGAAUCGUACACCACCCAAUCGGUUUCCCAACUCAUCAUCCUUUUGCAUCAACCGCAUCACGGUGGCCAUGCACAUGAUUGAUUGCGCCAACAACAUUGCUGCUUAUUUGGAGGACCCUGAGGUUGGUUUAAACAAUCAGUCCUUGGAUAUUUUGCAAAGAGGUCGCUGGACUAUGGAAUCAACUGUCGUAGAGGUUGGAGUUUCUGCCACAGAUAUACCACGCAACAACAAUAUUAUAGAUAUGGUCCAGGAUGCAGUAACUGCGGCUCUAUCACGCAACACCGCUGGUAGAAACUACACCGUCGUUCAGUUGCCCACUGUUUACGCUAACGAUGGCACUGAAGCCGCGCGCACUGGAAGCGAAGCUGGUGCUGCUAAUGCUGGUGGCAGCAACGAUGUCGCUGCGGUUGGUGGUGCUAGCGACAGUAGUGAAGAGACCACAGCUGCCGCUGUAAUAAUUGAAGAUGUUAUCGAUACUGAUGAUGAUGCUGGUGAUGUUGAGUCUGAUCGCUCCACUCCACCGUAUCCCAAUCGUGAGGAAGGUGCUGUUGGUGGAACUGAUGCAGCAGCUGCCCCAUCAACAAGUGGCGAGACUGCCAAUGAGAAUGCCACAGAUGGUGAGACACCCGAGGGCAAUGGCAGCAAUGUGGCAGUGACUGGCAUUGGGCCGCGCCGCCGCACACGUCCACAAGUGCUGGCCAAUGUUAUUGAUAGAUGCCGCAGGGUCCAGGCGCGUUUGGCCCCUUUUGUCGAACGCUAUUAUAGAAUUCUACUUGACGAUCCAGUUUUCGAGGAGAACGAUACCACGGGUCGCGAGGAUGCGCAGCGCAUUUUUGAUCGCGUCUCUGAGGCUUUCCACUACUUAUCACAUGCUCAGCAUGCUAUUUCGGAUUUGAUGUUGGAUCUUUCGCAGCCUGGACCGCGUGUUCUCACCUGCCGCCCCAUACUUGUAGAGCAAAGCGGAUACAUACGUUCGAACAAUAUCUUCACACCCAAUAUUAUCACAUCGCCGCUAUCAGACAUCAUAGGACAGGGAGGGGCUAAUCAGCAGGGGCGCACUGCGCCGAUGCAACCAUCAUCGGCAGCUGCUGAUACGAAUAUUCCUCAUAUUCGUCCCCAUUUGAUCGAUGAUCUGGACUUUGCAACACGCAGUAGACCUGUAAAUCCGAACGUGGCGGCACGUGUGGCCCAAAUUAUAGAAAGACAUAGUGCUGCUAGGCCAGAAACGGAAACUGGUACGGCCACCACAGUCAACAAUACCAACAAUACAACUGAUAAUGUGGAAGAUCCAGUUGACGAGCCGAUGGUAGGACCCAAUCCAAUACCAGCGGCCGGCGCUCAAUCGCAACAGCGACCCGAUAUGGAUCCCCAGGCCCAAAUGGCGCGUCUCAUUCAAUCGGUGGUCAAUUCGGCCGCCAACGAGGCAGAUGUGCACGUAGAGUUCCAUGCGCCGAACAUCAUGUCUAUUAACUUGCCCGUGCAUGUCAUGACAGCAGCCGUGCAUCCGCAGGGGCGAGCAUCGACUGCUGGUGCAACACCAGUUGGCACUGCAGGAACAGAAACGGCCGACGCUGCUAGCAACACAGGAACCAGUACCGCCGCUGUUGGCACUAUAGGAACAUCUUCCACCACUGCAAGUACCACAGGGACAGAUGGUGCCGCGGCCGCUGCCGUUACCUCCAACAAUACGAAUACCAACAACGCCAACGAAUCCGGUUCAGCUGCAUCAACCAGCAGCGGCACACGGAGUGGCGAGCAACGCGCCAACACAUUACCCACCACAGCCACACAAACACGCUCCACCGCACGGCCCCAGAUUCAAAUUGGAGGAAAUAAUAACUGGCCCGGCCGAAUUGCACCCACACAUACCGCCUUUGAUCGCUUCCUGCCCUGCAAUAGUCAUCAUAUACGCGAGCCAGAGCCAGUGGGCCCUAACAAUAAUAACAUUAGGAAUGCAGUGCCUAACACUGGAACAGCAACAACAACGGCUACGCCCACAUCGGCUAAUGCUUAUGCUUCGGCAGGCAGCGCCGCAGAGGGAAGACGCACAACCGGCGCCGCCCGAACGCAAACUCCCGUGACUAGACUCGCAUCCAGUGGCAAUAACAGCAGCAGCAGCAGCAUGACCUCAACCACAGCGAUACCCACAUUGGCAGGCACCAGCGGCUCACAUCUAACGCCGGCCAGCGAGGCAGACAAUUUACGCGCCCAAUUGCGCACCUUCCUGCACCAGACCGUCUUCGAAGGGGCACCCAUCAAUGACGAGACCAUACCGCCCGCCAUCAGUCGCGCACUCGCUUGGUUCGGCGAGAGUCUGCUCUACCUGCCGCAGUACGAAAGACCGGAGUACAACUCUCACGACUCUGUGUGCAAUAUCUUGCGAUUGACUCUGCGCCUAAUCAUUGAACUGUGCAGCGGAGAUCUUUCCUCCAAUUCAGAGAGCGGCGUCCAGUUCGAGCAACGCCUCAAACAGAUCUGUGAGCAGUUCCGUACCCGUCUCUACAGUGUUCUCUUUGUCUGCGUGGGAAAAUCCAAUGCUGAGCUCUACUGGCGGCAACUGAUGCGGUUGCUAUGCGUGCCACUACGGUCAAAUUUCCGCAAUGAAGCGCUGCAGUUUCUCUGCAUCUAUAUUGAUCCGACAAUUCCAGCCAACACGGACACCGCUGAUGCUCAACAGUUCCUGGUGCUGCGCAGCACAAACGCAUCAGCCGCGGCCUCAGUUGCAGAUCAACCAUUCGUUGCGCCUCCACCGCUUGCAUUCAAUCCCCAGCAGGAACCGUCACCGCCGCAGUCUUUCGACGUUGAUGUUGAAAUGGCCGAGGUAGCUAGCAGCUCAGUUGCUAUUGCAGUAGCUCCGAAUACAGAGCCCGAGCAGCUGCUGCCCCAAGUGGACGUGGGCUCUGAGCCCUGGCACAGUAACUUCCCCAAUGACUGGCUGCCUGUGAUAACACGCGACUUGCAGACACAGACUGAGCAACCACACCAACAGCCACCGUACUCCGAUGCCUACAUAUCCGGAAUGUCUGCCAAACGCCGCAAGAUCAUUCAAUCAGAGAAGCCCGGCUCGAGUGUGGAGAGUCUGAUAGCCAGUGGAGUGCAGCGCGCCAUGCAGAGCACAGGUGUGGGCGCUCCAACAGCUUCGAGUGGCUCACUAACCGCCGAUGCUGUGAUUGCGGCCAUUGCACACGAUGCCACCGUUCAGGGCUCGUUUACUGAAGCGGUUCGGGGCAAUACGCGUGAGCGCCUCAAAAAGGAUGUUGACUACAAGCCCGGCAAAUAUCCACAGAUCAACAAGUUUACGGAGCCAAAGUAGGCCCACAAUUGGCUUGGAAGUUGGUUGCAACUUUUAGUGCUUGUUGUACAUUUUACGUUUAAACAAUAUUGUAUUUAGUUUAAUUAAUGGCUAAGUUUUUGUUUCGAGCCAGCGCUUUGAUAUUGAUGCUGAUGAUAACAACACUAAUUAUAUGACGGCGGUGAUGAUGAUGAUGAUCAAGCGCAAAUUCGGCACCUAGAUAAAAUUAUAUAAACUUGGCGCGUUUGUGGUGCAUGCAAUAUACUACAACAACUGCAACAGCAUAACUCUCUUACACACACUAAAUGCUAUAAAUAUAUAUGAAUGUACAUGCAAGCAAAAAACUAAAAACAAAAAAAAAACACACACACAUACGUAUAUAAAACAUAUACACAUACAUUUAUUGAUAAAUCGUGUAGUAAUAGCUCACAAAACGAAAUUGAACGUUUGAAAAAUUAAUGAAAAACAACAAGAGCGACAAAAAAUCAGCCGAAAUAAAAAUGCAUAAUCACAGACUAAA